UCCUUGGCCAUUGCCCAGCACCGCAUUUGUACAGUUACUACUUCCUUCCAAGGUCACGUUUUUUUGGGUAGUCAGUUUCCUGUCUCAUUCUGUCAUGCAACUACAAUAAUAGAAAGUAUAUUACUGAUAUCAACAAAAUAGCGAAGCUUAAAAAAUAAAAUUUUAAAUCAUUAUUUUCUUUUGGUUCCCUGCGCCUAUUCUUCAUUCUUCUACCGUUUUAUCGAUCUCUCUCUCUUCCUUGGUUGGUUCGUUUAAUGACGAUGGACGAUAAUGAGAGUUGCAGUAGCAGAGCUAUGGAGUCAUCAUCUACACAACCUCGUCUGCAGAGACAGAAGCUUGAGGUGUAUAACGAGGUGCUUCGUCGACUCAAGGAAUCUAAUCAUGACGAGGCUAAUCUUCCUGGUUUUGAUGACGACCUAUGGUCUCAUUUCGGUCGACUGCCAACGAGGUAUGCACUGGAUGUGAAUGCUGAGAGGGCCGAAGAUGUUCUCAAUCACAAAAGAUUACUGCAACUGGCGCAUGACCCUGAUAAAAGACCAGCAUUUGAGGUGCGCCUUGUGCAGGUUAUGCGUAGUGGAAGUUCAGUUGAUUCCAUCCGCUCAAACUUUUCAAGAAAUGGAACACAAAGUUCUUCCAAUCAACUCAGCAGACAGAGCAUUCAUCCUCCUCCCGCAUUUGGUUCGUCACCCAAUCUUGAAUCCCUUGCACUUGGUGCACAUAGCUCACAUGCUGAAGAUGGGGAUAGUGACAAUCCACAGUUUUCCCGGCUCAUGCAUGAAGUCACCUUUUCAACUGAGGAUAAGCCAAAGCUUCUUAGUCAGUUGACAUCAUUACUUGCUGAGCUUGGGUUGAACAUCCACGAGGCACAUGCUUUUUCCACCGUGGAUGGCUACUCCUUAGAUGUCUUUGUUGUUGAUGGUUGGCCAUAUGAGGAAACUGAGAAGCUUAAACAUACUCUGGAAAAAGCGAUUUUAGAGAAUGAGAAGCAAUCUUGGUCGAGGCCUCAUACCUUGUCUUCUGUCAGCCAGCAUGGGCAAACUGGAUGUGAUCCCAUUCCUGAUCAUGUAAAAAUACCUACAGAUGGGACUGAUGUCUGGGAAAUUGAUAUCAAGCUGUUAAAAUUUGAAAACAAAGUUGCAUCCGGUUCCUAUGGUGAUCUGUAUAAAGGUACAUACUAUAGCCAGGAGGUCGCUAUUAAAGUCCUAAAGCCUGAGCGUGUAAAUGAGGAUAUGCAGAGGGAGUUUGCCCAGGAAGUAUUUAUUAUGAGGAAAGUUCGGCAUAAGAAUGUGGUGCAGUUUAUAGGUGCAUGUACCCAACCUCCAACAUUGUGCAUUGUGACAGAAUUUAUGUCUGGUGGAAGUGUGUAUGAUUUUCUACAUAAACAGAAGGGUGUGUUUAAGCUGCCAUCCUUACUUAAAGUAGCAGUUGAUGUUUCCAAGGGAAUGAACUACUUACACCAAAACAAUAUAGUCCACCGAGACCUGAAGGCGGCCAAUCUACUGAUGGAUGAAAAUGAAGUUGUCAAGGUUGCUGAUUUUGGAGUUGCCCGGGUGCAAACUCAGUCAGGAGUGAUGACAGCGGAAACUGGAACAUAUCGUUGGAUGGCUCCUGAGGUCAUAGAACACAAACCAUAUGAUCACAAGGCUGAUGUGUUCAGUUUCGGAAUCGUGCUAUGGGAGCUGCUAACAGGGAAGAUCCCAUAUGAGUUUUUAACUCCAUUACAAGCAGCUGUAGGUGUGGUGCAAAAGGGUCUACGGCCCACAAUUCCGAAGAACACUCAUCCAAAACUUGUGGAGCUGCUUGAGAGAUGCUGGCAGCAAAACCCAAGCUUAAGACCUGACUUUUCUGAAAUUAUUCAGAUUCUACAGCAAAUAGCCAAGGAGGUUGGAGAUGAUGAGAGGAAAUCUGCUGGAUUAUUUUCAGUUCUCAAACGGGCUCACCACUGACGUAUGGGGAUAGGGUUGUUUAAUAUGUGUUCCUAGCCAACUAGAAGCGGUUGCAAGGUCUGUUUUGGCAGCCUAAGGGCUGCAUUAUAAAAAGAGGAAACCUGAGACUGCCAUAUCUGCUGAAGUUUCGAAGAAUAAAAGCUUACCAAGGUCUAAAGCUGGCUUCUAGUGUCUCCAUUUCCCUAGAUUUCUGAAGUAUUGUUAUAUUUUUUCUAAAUUUUAUUUUGUUAUCUAAAUUUCAGUAUCAGAGGGAAAGACCUGAAUCAACCCAUCGAAAUGUUCUUUUUUAAGGUUGAAUAGAUUUGAUCCUUUUUUGCA